AUGGACAAUCCCUUUGAGUACGACUUCAACCGCGGCCUCUACUACCACUACGUCGCCCCCGACGUCAUUGUGGGCAGCCAGCCGCGCAACGCGCUGGACGUGGAUGCGCUGGCCGCCGAGGGCGUGGGCGUCAUCCUCAACCUCCAGCAGGACAAGGACAUGGCCUACUGGAAGGUGAGCCUCAAGGAGAUCAGCGAGCGCGCAGCACACCACGGCAUGCGCCUGGUGCGCACCCCCGCCGUCGACUUCUCGCCCCACUCCCUGCGCGACACGCUGCCCACCGCCGUGAGCGCGCUGGAGCGGUCUCGCGCCGCGGGCGACAAGGUGUACGUGCACUGCACCGCGGGCCUGGGGCGCAGCCCCGCCGUGGCCAUUGCCGCGCUCUACUGGUUCACCGACAUGCAGCUGGACGAGGCGUACGCCUACCUGACCGGCAUCCGCCCCUGCGGCCCCAGCAAGGACGCCAUCCGCGGCGCCACCUACGACCUGCUGUCGGGGCGCCCGCACGAGCACUUCCAGCACGAGCCCUCCCACGCCUUUGCCACGCUGAGCAGCUGGGACCGCGACGCCAUCCGCGCCAAGCUGCUGCACGGCUGA